AUGCUUCGUAUUUUUCGGUAUCGUUGUAUUAUACUUCGUUAUAUUAUUCUAUGGUUAUUUAUAAUAACUACAAUCAAAUUAACAACAAUAUUAUAUUAUGAUCUUCAACAACAAUCAAUCGAUAGUACUUCAUUAGCUUUACCAUUUGAUGAUACUAAUACAAAUAAAGAUAAAUUAUUUAAUCCAAUAGCAAAUUCUAAUACAUCAAUUAUUAUUAACCGAACUACAAUUGAAUAUUAUCGAAAAUAUGUUGAAAGAAAAAAUUAUGAACAAUUUAUGUAUAAUAAACAUUUAUUUUCAUCAUCAACACGAUAUGUUCUACUUGUACAAGUACAUACACGUGUUGUUUAUUUAAAAAAAUUUAUUGAAAUGUUACGUUCAGUUGAAACAAUAAAUGAAACAUUAGUGAUAUUCAGUCAUGAUUUUAUAGAUCCAAAGAUAAAUAUACUUGUAACAAAUAUUACAUUUGUUCCGGUGAUUCAAAUUUUUUAUCCAUUUUCUCAACAACUUUAUCCAGAUGAAUUUCCUGGUCUCGAUCCAAAUGAUUGUCCACGUGAUUUAGCUAAACAUAAAGCGUUAGCUGCCCGAUGUAAAAAUGCACCAUAUCCAGAUAAAUAUGGACAUUAUAGAGAAGUGUCAAUUGUACAAAUAAAACAUCAUUGGUGGUGGAAACUCAAUUAUGUGUUUAAUUCAAUUGAAACCUUACAAAAUCGUUCAGAUCUUUUAUUACUUUUAUUAGAAGAAGAUUUUUAUUUAUCACCUGAUGCACUUGUUUUUUUAAGUAAAAUGGAAAAUGAACAAGCAAAACUUUGCCCAGAAUGUUUAUUUUUCACAUUGGGUAAUUUGGAAAAAUCAGGUCGACAAUUUGAAAAACUUGGUUCUAAAGUAUCGAUUGCAUAUUGGCAUGCGAGAUAUAAUCUUGGUAUGACAGUAUCAUAUUCUUUAUGGAAGUUACUUGUCAAAUAUGCUGAAGAAUUUUGUAACGUUGAUGAUUAUAAUUGGGAUUGGUCGCUUGUUUAUUUAGUACAACAACGUUUAAACUAUCCUCGUGUUAUGUGGUCAAGUGCUACACGACUUAUUCAUCUUGGUUCAUGUGGUACUCAUCAUAAAAAAACAUGUUCAAGUGAAUCUGAUAUUGCUCGAUGGCAAGAAACUGAUAAAUUCUAUACUAAUAAUCAAAAAUAUUUAUUUCCAACAAAACCUUUAUCAGUACAUUUAAAAUACGAAGCUAAACGAGCAGUUAAACAAACCAAUGGAGGAUGGUCAGAUUUACGAGAUCGACAAUUAUGUUUAUCAUUUGCAUUAAAAAAUACCAAAGAUAUAUCACAGACUAAUAAAAAAAUUUGA